AUGUUGGAUAAAGAGUGCGAAGAGGUGAGCAAAGAGGAGGAAGAGAUUAAGCCAACCAAAAAUGUGGUUUAUAAGGCUAUCACGACGGAGACUUCCCCUGUAGAAGAAGAAGAGAAUAACAGAAAAAAGACCGACACAAUUGCUGAGAUUCCGGAAAUUAGGCUACCAAGUGAUUUCAGAAAGUGUUCACGCACCGAUUUAGUCAUAGUAAUAUCGCGUAUGCUCUCUUUUCUCAUAUACCUGAAUGACACAGCCCCAGAUCAAGAAUCAAAAGAGUUAACGAGAUUUCAUUCGCGCGUGCCGCCCGUAAUCUCGGUAUACAAUUACCUGUUGAGACUAACGCGCUACUCUUCGCUCGAGCCCGCUGUGUUGAUAUCUGCAGUUUACUAUAUCGAUUUGUUGGCCGGAGUGUACCCAGCUUUUUCACUCAACUCUUUAACCGUCCAUCGUUUUUUACUCACGGCAACUAGCGUUGCCAGUAAAGGACUCUGUGAUGCAUUCUGUACCAAUACACAUUAUGCAAAAGUUGGUGGCGUUCAAUGCAGUGAACUUCAUAUUUUAGAAAACGAGUUCUUGCAGCGCGUGAACUAUCGCAUUUUGCCUAGAGAUCACAAUAUCGAAAUUUGCAAACAGGAGCAUCAAAUUGAUUCUUUCGUUACCCCUCACUACAGAGUUCAACACGGAACCAACGAUGGAUUCAACGUGUUGAGCACAUAUUAUCGAAAAAUUAUCGAGCUUGUGGGCCUCUACGAUUCUUCGCCCGAUAAGACCAAAAAGGCAAACUAUGUCUUAGAGCACUCAAAAUCGAGCACUAUUGAGUCAGUACCUCGAAAAAGACAACUAGAAGAAUUCGCCGAACAGCAGCAUGAACCUAAACAACGCGAUAACCAUAAAAAGCCAAUUUAG